ACGCUCACAGUAGUGCUCACAGUGCUCGCACAGCUCGGAUCGGUUGUGUCUGUCUCUGCGCGUCCGAAUACUCCGAGUUUUUCCACCGACAGGAGCUAGAGACCGGUAUACAUAAUCUAGCUACAGGUAGCCUGGGAAAAAAACCUGCUGACCGUUACGGGAAAAGAAAGAAGCCAAGAUGUCGCAGCAACAAUAUUAUCCGUUCAAGUGCACUCCAACUGUGUAUCCCGCUGAACCGUUCGAUCCAAACGCGGACGCUACUAUCUUGCGUAAAGCGAUGAAGGGAUUCGGCACGGAUGAAAAGGCGAUCAUCGACGUGCUUACAAAGAGAGGCAUUGUACAGAGACUGGAGAUUGCGGAGACUUUCAAGACCAUGUACGGAAAGGAUUUGAUCAACGAUUUAAAAAGCGAGCUAACUGGGAAACUGGAGGAUGUCAUCGUUGCCCUUAUGACCCCACUGCCACAUUAUUAUGCCAAGGAGCUGCACGACGCGAUCAGCGGUAUGGGUACCGAUGAGGAGGCGAUUGUCGAGAUUCUAUGUACUCUCAGCAAUUAUGGUGUCCGUACGAUCGCCACAUUUUAUGAAAAUUUAUAUGGCAAACCGCUUGAGAAUGAUCUGAAGGACGAUACGUCGGGCCAUUUCAAGAGAUUGCUGGUAUCCCUCGUGCAGGGAAACAGAGACGAAAAUCAGGGAAUCGAUCAUGCCCAAGCAAUUGCCGAUGCCCAAGCAUUAUACGAAGCUGGUGAAAAACAGUGGGGAACAGACGAAUCUCAAUUCAAUGCGAUCUUGGUAUCUCGCAGCUAUCAGCAGCUGCGACAAACAUUUAUCGAGUACGAGAAAAUAUCUGGGCAUGACAUAGAGGUUGCCAUAAAGAAGGAAUUUUCUGGCAGCAUCGAGAAAGGCUUGCUUGGAAUAGUGAAAUGCGUGAAGUCAAAAGUUGGAUUUUUCGCUGAACGUCUAUACGCCAGUAUGCACGGCAUAGGUACAAAAGAUCGAACACUAAUCCGUAUCAUUGUGUCUCGAAGUGAAAUCGACUUGGGAGAUAUUAAAAAGGCAUUUGAAGAACGCUACGGAAAGUCACUGGAGAGCUGGAUAGCUGGAGACACAUCGGGAGAUUACAAGAAGGCUCUUCUCUCCCUGGUUUCCACAUAAUUUUGAUAAAGUUAUUAAAGGUCCAAGGUACACAUUUGCCUAUUGAUGCAUAAUCUAUAAAAAAACAAUUUUAUAUAUGCCUGCACGGAUUCCAGCUUAAUAUAUUGCUUACUAUAAUGAGAAAUUUAAAAAAGUACCUUGCUGCAUUUUUAAAUAUUAUUUUUGUAAUACUUUUUUGAAAUCUUUACUGUAUUAUGUAGUAGGCCAGUAAAAUUUCUCGACGCUCUGC